UGAUUGAGUCGAAUUAUUACCCUCUAGCAGUCAUAUCAUUUCCACACAAGCGCUGUAAGAUACAUUAUUAUGCACACACGUCGAGCAAAAUUACUGCUGAUCGAUACUGCCGUGUACAGGUCACAUGUAAUAUGAAAUCGGUGACAUACUUUCGAACGAGACUCACACAUAACAAUGCUAAGACCCAGGUGAGCCUGAGCACAAUGUAAGGUGUAAAUAUAUUGCAAGUCGCCAUUGCUCAAGAUCAAUAUAUUGCGCAGCAGGAUAUUACGCAGCUGACAGGCAACAUGUUUUUGCAGGGAUAUUCUUUCUAUAAAAAGUACUUUUUGCUGUUUUGCAUAAGUCUCGCAGUGUUGCUCAUAUGUUGGAACCACACACUUUUUCUGGAUCCGUUUACAACAGUGAUGACAGGCAAAGAUAUCAAACAAGGAGACAGUCACAGAAAUGAGGUUGAAUACAUUAGGAAUAAUACAGUGACAUAUUCAUCAAAUUCAAAUAAUGGAAUGACAAGAGGCAAAAGGUUUGUCUACCUUGUCAAUGCAAAAACCCGUACAGAAGUGACAGGAUUAAAAGCUGAUAAAGACAGAGAUGUUUUCUGGUUAACUUUUAAAGUUGGAGACAAGACAGGAAAUGUCAAUGCUCCAAACUCGACGUGGAGUUCUGGGCGCAAUAUGAUUUUAGAUUAUGCAAUAGAACAAGCAAAAAAGAGAGGUGAUGGUGGUUACUUGUACUACAUAUUCCUUGAUAAUGAUGUUAUUUUACAAAAUCGCUCAGAGCCACAUGUGAAUUGGAAACCCUGGAGUGAAAUGAAAGCAGACCCAUAUGAAAGAUUUGAGGAUUUCUUGCUGGAAUUUGAACCUGCAGUUGGUUAUGGUAGAUAUGCAGAACCUUAUCGUCAACACCAUGAGUUGGACAAACCAACUAACAUAGGUUGGGAUUUUGAUGCCUGUUUCAAUGCUUUUCACAGAGACACACUCUCCUUUCUUCUGCCAUAUGAGACAUCAAUGGACAAUAGUUCCUGGUAUAAUGCACCAUGGAUAAUGAAGCAGUUAAUUUCUAUGUUGUACAAUACUCACCGCCUUCAAUGUAAUUCGGUGUAUGUGAUAAAUGAAGCAAGACACAUGCAAAAGAAAAAAUCUGGAACAGAGUACAAAGACAAGCAAAAUUUUCAAACUCCAAGGAAUUAUCUUCUUCAUGCAUUGCAACCAAUGACACAAACCAAUCCUCUGAUUAAGAAUCAUCUCAAAGAUGCCAUUCUUAAAGGGAAUAGAAUCAGUCAAUUACAAAUACGCUAUGCCCCAGGUGUAGGACAGAAAAAAGGCAAGACAUCAUACAUUGUUACAGAUAAAUUUAUCUCAAAGUUUUGGAAUAAAAAUCAUGCCUUUGUCAAAGGAAGACUUAAAGCCCGUGCAAAAGUGGCAGAUCUUGUAAAACUGGAAGAGAAUGAGAAGACAGAAUUUGUUCCUGAACCAGUAUAUUCCUUGCCAAAUUUUAAGCUAUCACUUACACCUCCAAAAUAGUUUACUGUUUUAAAGGGGAUAUGCACUUAUGUUGAAUUUAACAUUGGGAUUCAGUUGUGGUAACAAUUUUUCUUUGUUCUUCUAAAAGGUCCAUAAAUUGGACACUUCAUAAGGAAAGAAAUGGAAUGAAUGUUAUAUACUUCUAAAAUAAGUUUACUUAUAAAUGUGAAUUAUUUAUAUAUAUUCUUUUAAACAGAUUCAUAAAACAUCAAACACCUUUGGCAAGAAAAAGCAAGACAAUUGUGUGAAUAUUACCAAACAUUCUUUUACUUUGUAAAGAAGAAACUUCUUUUAAAAAGUAUGUCAUUUUUAGAAGCAUUAAUUGAUUUUGCUUUGAAUUUCUUGUGUUUGAAUUGUCAUAACCUAUGCAAUAGUGCAGUUUAUAGACUACUGUGCACAUUGUUUCCAUACAUUGGAAUUAGUUAAUAUGUUGUGACCCAUGGAAAAGAAUAAACAUUAUGAAUAAAGUA